AACCGGUGUCCUCUGCUUAUAAAGCUUUUACAAUCAAGGAAGAAGGCGUACAAGCAACCGCGCCUUCCAUCAAUUCCUCAAAAUAGGUCCUCUGUUUCCUGACAUAAAGAAGCAGGAACUAGGAUGUUUCAGAUUCUUCUGCUUCUAGGAUCAUUUUUGCUUCAUAAACAAGCAUCGCUAGCAACUCCUCUGGUGGAUUGCACACAAAUAUGUGGUGGCGUUGCCAUUUCCUUUCCCUUCGGGAUUGGAACUGGGUGCUUCCUCGAUGAGUGGUACGAGAUUGUCUGCCAGAAUGGCACUGUCCCGAUACUGAACAAGGCCAACUUGAGGGUGCUCGACAUUAUGCCACCUGAUAUCCAUGACAAAAGGAACGGCAUGAUCAAGGUCAGUCUUCCACUAACCUACUCGUCAAAUGUGAGCUGCGGCAGCAAUGGAAGCUCCACACCUGUGAGCUUGAAAGGCAGCCAAUUUGUCUUCUCUGCUUCACAAAACGACUUUGUUGCCGUUGGUUGCAAUAUACAUGCUCGGAUGGAUGACGCAGAGUCUACUAACAUAAGUUGCGGAGCUGACAACAGCACUGUUAGGAACGCCACUUGUUCGGGCAGUAACGGAUACUGUCAAAUCAGGAUUACCUCGGUUUUUCAGGCUUUCACCGUUGAUUUCCAGCCAUACAAUAAAACAGCAGGAGAAAAUGAAUGCAAUUAUGCCUUCUUGGCAGAUAGGUCGCAGUUCAGGCCUUCGGUUAUGGACUUCAAUAAGUUGAGGGCGAGCGGGCAUUUCCCAGCUGUCCUAGAAUGGGGGAUAGCAAAUUCCUCAAAAGCUGCGUUAGAGAUUUACAAUUAUAGCUCCAUCUUCAACGAAUCCUACGACUGCAGUUCAGUCAGCUUCGAUUCUGCAUAUCCCAUGGCGAUGCCCUUUUUGCAGUGUGUUUGCAUCCCGGGCUUCUCUGGUAACCCCUAUAUAAAAGAUGGAUGCAAAGUUGUAGAUGAACCCGAAAUAAGUCUGGCCUCCCCUGCCAAACGACAUCUUUCAGAUGCAAAAAGGAAAUAUGCGCUUCUCGUCAUAGGGGGCGGGAUAGGCCUUGGGGCACUACUUUUGUGUCUUUUCUUAUGGAGGUUGUUGUACAAAUUCAUCAAGAAAAGAAUAGAAAAGAAGUACUUCAAACGCAAUGGUGGUCUUUUGUUGGAAAGAGAGCUUUCAUCACCGGAAGGCAAUGUUGAGAGAAGCAAAUUGUACAACUCCAAGGAUUUAGGGAAUGCCACUAAUAAUUUCAAUGACAAUAGGAUACUCGGGCAGGGUGGACAGGGUACUGUCUACAAAGGAAUGUUAAAAGAUGGAAAAAUAGUUGCAAUUAAGAAAUCAAAAGUGAUAGACGGGAGAAAAGUCGAACAGUUCAUAAAUGAAGUCCUCAUUCUUUCACAAAUCAAUCACAGGAAUAUAGUUAGGUUAUUGGGGUGUUGCUUGGAAACAGAAGUCCCACUUUUGGUAUAUGAAUUUAUACCAAAUGGGACUCUAUAUCAAUAUUUGCAUGACCCAAAUGCAGAAUCGCCUAUAUCAUGGGACACACGCUUACGAAUUGCAACUGAAGUCGCAGGAGCCUUAUUCUACUUGCAUUCAGCAGCCUCUAUUCCCAUUUAUCAUCGAGACAUCAAGUCCACCAAUAUCCUAUUGGAUGAGAAAUAUCAGGCAAAAGUGGCAGAUUUCGGAACUUCCAAGUCCGUUUCCCUUGAUCAAACUCAUGUAACCACAUUGGUGCAGGGGACUUUUGGCUACCUAGAUCCCGAGUAUUUCCGGUCAAGUCAAUUUACAGACAAAAGCGAUGUGUAUAGCUUCGGAGUCGUCCUAGUUGAACUCUUAACAGGACAAAAGCCAAUCUCAUCCCAGAGGGAAGAAGAAGGAAGAAGCCUCGUGAUGUAUUUCAUAAUUUCGAUGGAAGAGAAUCGCUUGUUUGAUAUUGUCGAUGCUCAUAUGUUGAAAGAACGUAAGAUGGGAGAGAUUGCAUUGGUUGCUAACCUUGCAAAGAGGUGCUUAGACUUGAAUGGGAGGAAUCGGCCUACGAUGAAAGAAGUGGCAAUGGAACUAGAGGGGAUAAGGGAGACGCAAUAUCCUUCAGACAUUCAGCAAAAUCAAGACAACUGUGAGGCAACUGAAUCUCAUGAUGCUGUCUUUACGUCUAGCAACUCAAGCAUUGACACGAAUGUCUCUACAUUUUCGGGCGUGCGGACACUCUUACCUAGGGAGACCUGGUGAAGAUUUGUUUUGCCUACUGCUCUUAUGGAGCCAUAUUGCUCUGUUUGUCCUGUAAAGCGGUCGUCAAACGAGUAAGAGAAGAAAGUGGGAUGAAGACUUGUUCGUUUACCAACAGGGACUUUGGUCAGUUAUUUAUGGGUUAUGUACUUAUUCUUGGUGUUCGGGACCAAUAAAUUGUUAAAUUGUACUUAUUCUGGAUUUAUUCAAGUCUGUAAUUUGCUCCGUAAAAUUGAAACCGGAAACCGCCGAUUAGU